AUGUUUGUUAGAAAAAGAGCAAGAACUCCUGAAAGUGAUAUUAUUAAAGAAAAUAAAAAGAUCAAAACCUGUGAUACUAAAGACUGUAAUUCCUAUACACUACCGGAUAGUCCUAAUUCGUCAUCAGAGGAAUUUACACAUAGAGAAAAACAAGAUGAAGUAACAACUCAGUCCAAUGAAAAUAAAAUUACUGAUGAAAACCAAAAUGUUAGCAACCAGGAAAUUGAAAAACUUCAGACAGAUACUAAAACCAAGCUUCCAGACUCUUCUAAAGAUUUGAAUAUGGAGAAAUGUGGAAGUUGUGGACAAUUUUUAAACAAUUCAGACAUAAUUUACUAUCAAGGACACCCACAAAAUUCUGUGGAAGAAUAUAUAGCGUUAACAAAUGACAAGUUAUUAUUGAUUUCUGGUGAGGAAGGGGAUAUUAUGGAGAGGCCACAAACAAACAUAACAGGGUUUUCCAUAUUUGAUCAGGAGGGACAUCUUGUCCCAAUUGACGGAGGUCUUAUUGAGACUGAUGUAAGAAUAUAUAUGUCGGGUUAUCUCAAGUCUAUAUGUAUUGAAUCUCCAGAUAUUGAUGAAGAAUGCAUUCCUGUUAAAGAUAUUGGCCCUAUAAUUGAGUGGUUCAUCCAUGGCUUUGAUGGAGGCAGUAGAAACUGUGUUACUUUAUCAACAGAAUUUGGUGAAUAUAAUCUACUUAAACCAAGCACUGAAUAUAUGCCCCUUAUGAAUAAUUUAUAUGAGAAGAUAUGGUUAAGUAAAGUUGUCAUAGAAUAUGUCGAAGAACAUGACUACAUGGAGCCAACCUAUGAAGACUUGUUACAAGUGGUCCGCCUAUCAAAAAUAACUGAUUUAGAUGAUAAGAUGAUGACAGAGGAGAUGUUGCAUAAACAUGCGCAAUUUGUAUGCGAUCAAGUAGUUAGUUUGGAAGUGGACGAAGAUAGUGUACCUCUCAUUACUUUACCAUGUAUGAGGGAGUUAGUUAAAUUAAUGGGCAUAAAGUUUGGGAAGCGGAAAAUCAGAACGAAAAUAGACUAUAAGAAAGCUAAUAAGAAAGUUUGGACUAAAGCAACCACGACACCAUUGGUCCAAAGAACAUUUGAGAGUUUCUUUACAAACCAAUUGGAUAAGACCAAUCAUGAACUGGUAUUGAGAAGGAAACGGUGUGGGGUGUGUGAGGCUUGUCAGCUUCCAGACUGUGGAGAGUGUAAUUUCUGUAGGGCUAUGCUUAAGUUUGGAGGGCAUGGUCGUACAAAGCAAGCUUGUGUCAGACGCCGUUGCCCAAAUAUGGCUGUACAACAAGCUGAAGAUUCUGAUCCUGACGAAGAUGAAGAUAGUCAAGACAGUGUAGAAAAAGAUACACUUAAUGCAAUAGAGGAGAGAGUACCUGUAAAAUUGACUGGGUCCCAUAGGAACAUAGCAUGGGUUGGGGAACCAAUCAAAGCGGAUAACACCAAAGUUUAUUAUGUGAGUGCAGAAAUAGACGGUCUUGAAAUAAAAAUAGGUGACUUUGUUAUGAUUGAAACAACUCAGGCGAAUAUUCCCGCUUUGGUAUCCAGAGUUGUCUACAUGUGGAAGGAAAUUCUCAACCCAACAAGCGGCUUCUUUCAUGCUGAAGUGUUUAUUAGAUCGGCGGACACAGUCUUGGGAGAAGUGGGAGAUCCCAGGGAGGUGUAUCUCGGAGAUCGAUGCUGUCACGGCGCUCCUCUGUCGUCCAUUCUUAGAAAAGCUGCUGUUGAGAUAAAAAGGACCCCUGACAGCUGGUUCCAACUGGGAGGAAAUGAGGUAGAACAAGAAUUUCAUGAAGACAAUGGCCAAACAUAUUUCUACAAGAAGUACUAUGAAAGAUUCACUGCUCGAUUUGAAGACCUUCCUCCCGAUCCAGCGUGUCCUAGCGACUUAAGAAAACACAGGUUUUGUCCGUCCUGUGAACGAAAAACGAAAAGAGAUGUGAGAGACAUACCAAAGGUUUCGGGCAAACUCACUGAAAAAUCCGAAUUCGUUCAGGACGAUAGCCGUACAGAAUGGACUAUUGCCAAGUGGCGGGAGUACGAAUAUAAGAAAGGAUGUGGAGUGUUUCUGAAGCCCGGAACGUUCAAACUGAGAAAUAAUCUCAAAAUGAACCACGCAAGCGGCAAAGUUAAACUCGAUGACGUAGACGAAGACGUGUACCCUGAAUAUUACCGCAAGAGCGAUAAUAAUUUGCGCGGAUCUAACAUCGAUACUAAUGAGCCGUUCUGCGUGGGCCACAUAGUGGCCGUGACUGCGGCAGGCGAAGGAUCGCUGAUAGCGCCCCAAGACAUUUACCUAAGAGUCAACGUCUUGUAUAGACCAGAGAACACGAGCCGUCCCUUUCCGCAACACGAGGACCUAAAUCUUGUCUAUUGGAGCGAGGAAAUACGCGAAGUUCCAUUCUCUUCGGUCGUAGGGCCGUGUCAUUUGAGUUACAUAGAUAAUAUACCGCAGAGCGACUCAAUUUACACGUGGUUAGAGAGAGACCCGAACAGAAUUUACUUCAGAAUGUCGUACGACAAAAAGUCCGACGAAUUCAAUGAUAUACCUCAAUGUGCCCGUACGAUUGGGCCGAGCAAAGGCAAGGAUAAGGGAAAGGGCAAGGGUAAGUCUAGUAAACCAGAGCUGCGCGUCGUCACGGCGGAAGCGAACGUUCGGCCGUUGAGGACUUUAGAUGUGUUCGCGGGUUGCGGCGGCCUGUCUGAAGGCCUCCACCGGUCUGGGAUCGCGGAAUGCAAGUGGGCCAUAGAGAACGUCGAAGCAGCGGCGCACGCCUACUCACUCAAUAAUACCAAUUGUACGGUGUUCAAUGAGGAUUGUAACGCUCUACUCAAAGAAGUGAUAGGCGGAGCGUCGCAUAGCUCCCGUGGCCUGAAAUUGCCCAUGAAAGGGGAGGUCGAGCUGCUAUGUGGCGGACCUCCUUGCCAGGGCUUCUCGGGGAUGAACCGCUUCAACUCUAGGGAGUACUCGAACUUUAAGAACUCCCUCGUCGCAUCCUAUUUAUCUUUCUGCGAUUACUAUAGACCAAAGUACUUCAUAUUGGAGAAUGUGCGAAACUUUGUCGCGUUCAAGAAGGGGAUGGUUCUGAAAUUGACCUUGAGGGCGUUGCUGGAUAUGGGAUACCAGUGUACGUUCGGCAUUUUACAGGCCGGUAAUUACGGAGUACCGCAAACGAGGCGGCGUCUUAUAAUUCUUGCCGCCGCGCCGGGUUACAAAUUACCUCUGUACCCUGAACCCACACACGUGUUUAGCAGGAGGGCUUGCUCCCUUACUGCCACUGUAGACGGAAAGAGAUUUUUAACAAAUAUACAGUGGGACGAAUCCGCCCCGAGACGGACCUGCACCAUACGAGACGCUAUGAGCGACUUACCCCAGAUUUGCAACGGAGCAAAUAAAAUUGAAAUCAGUUACGGUUCGAUGCCGGAGAGUUACUUCCAGCGGCUGGUGCGGAGUAAAGACGAGAACGCGAUGUUGAGGGAUCAUAUUUGCAAGAAUAUGGCCCCGCUGAUACAAGCUCGCAUUUCUAGAGUUCCCCAUACACCAGGCUCAGAUUGGCGUGAUCUCCCCAAUAUAUCCGUAGCUCUGUCAGAUGGAACUAAAUGCAAGGUAUUGCAUUACCGCUACGAAGACAAGAAGAACGGCAGGUCAUCGACUGGUGCUCUGCGUGGUGUCUGCGCGUGCGCAGCUGGCGGUGUGUGCACCGCUGCAGACAAACAAGAAAACACGCUUAUACCCUGGUGUCUGCCACAUACCGCUAACAGGCACAACAACUGGGCGGGACUUUACGGUCGUAUAUCGUGGGAUGGCUACUUCAGCACAACGGUGACAGACCCCGAGCCGAUGGGGAAACAAGGUCGAGUCUUACAUCCCGAGCAGAACCGUGUUGUCUCCGUCAGGGAGUGUGCAAGAUCCCAAGGAUUCCCCGACACGUACUUAUUCGCGGGAUCGGUACAGGACAAACAUCGACAGGUUGGGAAUGCUGUACCCCCUCCAUUAGGUGCAGCACUGGGAAGAGAAAUCAAAAAAGCUUUAAUAUCGUGA